AUGACUCAUAACUGCACGCUCGCCUCUUUUCUCUACGACGAGUUCACCCUCGUCACGGUCUGGUUCGAGCCAUUCAGGGACUACACCACCCACCCACCAUACCGACCAAGCGACCCACUAGCCUACCGGCUUUUUCCAAUUUUCUGGGCCAUGAGCUACACUAUAGUUCUCGUCAUAUUCAUUUUAAGGGCCAAGUUCAUUUUCAACGUAGGGAUGGCGACGAAGAUGGCGAGAAUGUCCCCGAGUGAGAGAGAUGCCUGGAUUGGGAGGUGGAGUGAGGUUGAGUAUGCCGGGACGGCAGAUACAGAGAGAGCAGAUGGGGAGAAGAUGAAUACUGAGAAGAGAGAAGAUCGCGAUAUGGUUUAG